GAAGUGGCAAACAAGGGUUUCAUAAGGUUCGGUUCAAAGCUAGACUUCACCGAAGAAGUAAAGCCUCAGCCGAGAAAGUUACAAAAGGUGGAGAACCGUUCAUGAUGGGAAAUUCAGAAUCAUUUCACACUGGAGGAUCAAAAUACACAAGAAGGCUCACGGUCAGAUGGUAUUAUCAUAAAGCCAAAGAAAAUUGGAAGUCACACAGAGGAGCUCAGCUAGAGUUGUCUCUUUUUGGUGGUAAAAUAAAAAGUAAACCCCCCGAAGGUGUUUCAAGUACCAGAAGAGAAGCACUAGAGUAUAAAGUCCCUGUUAGAAAUACUGAUAGGCUUAAUGUGGAGAUUUUGGUUGAAGAUAAGACUAAAAAUUUCAGCUUCUCUAUGUGUUUGAAGAAACAGACCUGGAGGUUAGUGAAGACUUUUUGUGGGAGACAAUGGUCUGAGAUUUGUUUGGCUGUUCGAGUGUGGAAUCCUGGAGUUUAUAGUGAGUUCGUCAAUAAGGUGCAAAACAAUGGAGCUGAUAGAAAUGAGAGUGCGUGGGAUCCAGGAGGCGUAUCAAACUGUAGGAAUGUCAAUGGGAGAACUUGGUUAAACUAUUCUGAAUACUUGGAUUCAACUGAACUGGUUGAGCUGAUGACUUACCAGAAUGGAGCCGGUGCAGAAGAGAUAGAGUAGAAAUUAGGGAUUGAACCCGUUUUGAUUAAUGAUCGUAAUUCGAUAAGUUGUUUACAAGCCAAAGCAUAACAUAAAUACUAAAACGUAAAAGACAUUUCCCUCACUGCUGGGCUUCUCUGAUCUUGGCCCAUUAACUCUUUUCAAUCCAGACGAGGCCCAUAUGAUCUUAUCAGCUUCCAAAUCGUUUGGAAGAUCUGAUAUCAUCGUCAUUGUCUGUGUUGUAAUCCUCUGACUUCUCGACCAAGAAAGCUCCUAUAUAUAAAGGUAGGUGCUGGAGUUGUGAUGUCGUCUGUAAGUUUUUAAGUAUUUCUCUCAGAAUCAAGACUAUUGCUAUAUUCACAAUGAAUAUCUUGUGUCUUGGGAGACUGACUAUAGUCUAUAUACUUAUAGGAUCGGAUUUAUCCUUGACAUAUUUCUUAACAGUUAAAUAAUGAAAAUCUAACGAUUUCCAUUUAAUAAAGAAGUUAAUUAAUAUAUUUCUAUUUCUUAUAUUUAUUUUUCAUGUGCAUUGCACAUGUAUCUAUCAUUAUUAACUCAUAUCCUCUUCUUUGUGCACGAUAUUCUAAUAUGUCCUAGAACUUCCAAAUUUAUUCUUAUAUGCCCCAAUAAUAAAAAUAAAUUUUCGAUUUAAAAGAAUUAUUUUGUUAUUUUAUUAGUUAUAAAAAUAUUAUUUUACGAUAAAUAGAAAACUGUUCCCAUAAUUUUUAGCUAUAUUAAGCAUUAAUAGUUUUUUUUUUUAAAUUCUGAAAAAAUACUUUAAAAAAUAUGACCUGUACAGAAAAAUAAGGUUAGAACCUAAGACCAUGAUUAUCCGGGUUUCUUAAGAGAGUUUUUAAAGUUAAUGAAGCAUUUAAUUAAAUCAAAAUGAAAUAAAAUGUCUGUUACCGAUCCUUAAUAUAGGAUUGUGGAGACCGAUUAUUAAGAGGGUUUUUAACACACGUGUCAGCUUAUCAUUAAAAGUGCAUUUAUUUUUUCUUUUCUCUUUCUUUUUUUUUCUUUUUGUCGUCUCUCUCUCUUCUCUUGUGGUCUCCGCCGGACGAUGAUGGCACUAGCUCGGCCAAUACCAGCAGCAGGUCUUCGAUUCGAUCCAACUUCCAGGUGAUUCCAAAUCUCUUUCUUCUUUCUUGGAUACCUCUAGGUUCAAUCCAACAUCCAAAAUACCAGGUUUGGAUUAAAAAAAAAAGCUUCAAUCUUUCAUUAGUUCUUCCUAGGCUUUUAAACAAGUAUCUUCAAACUGUAACAUAUGACUCAAUUCUCUGUAAAUUCUUCGAUUUUAAACACUAAUUAUUCGAUUUACCUCAGAAAGUUGGAGACUUUUGCCAUAUGGGUAUCUUCAAACUUGUGACAUAUGACUCAAUUAUCUGUAAAUUCUUCGCAUUUGAACCACUCUAGUUUUGAGAUUUAGCUCUAAAAGUUGGAUAGUUUUGGGUUAAGUUCCCAGAGUAUGAAAGUUUACAUGUUUGGAGUUGUCACAGGUGGGUUUAGUUUGAGGAAGAGGAAUCAAUUGAGAGGUUUUGGAAAAGGAAUCAAGUGUUCACUGAAAGUUCAGCAGCAACAGCCUCCUCCACCAAUAAAGUCUUCUCUCUUCGGUAAGUUUCUAUUGCUUACAAUUGCUUCUACCUUGGAUUCCAUCUCAAUUAUAUUGUGUUUACAGAUUUUUGGAAUGUCGUUGUGGGAUCACAAAACUCAUAUCAUGGAUGCAUUGGUGGGCCUAAUCGUAUCACUGGUACACAACUCAACGAUUCUCCUGUUGGAGCAAACUAUCAUUUGAAGUUAGUAGUCGUUGGAGGUUUGAUUUAGUCUUUCACGUUUGUUAGUUGUUUCAAUAAUGUCCUAUUCUUUAGGACCAAGUAGUUUCCAGUUCUAGUGGUUUUAGUUGAGUUAGUUGUUGCUUUAUUUCAGGAGCUCUCUGUUUCAUUGUAAUGCUAUUUAUAGCUAUUGCCUUCAAUCGAAUACAAUUAGAGUUUCAUAAACACAAACAGAGCAUUUGAGAUUACAAAUUGGUAUCAGAGCUUUGUGACCAAACGAGAGAAAAUAUGAGUGAUGAUAAGAUGAAGCUUCCGCAAUUUGAUGGCCAUUGGGACCAUUGGAGUGAAGUCAUGGAGAACUUCUUCCGAGCCAGAGGGCUAUGGAGUCUGAUCGAAACCGGCGUUGAAGAACCAUCUGAUGCGACGGUACUGACUGCAGAACAAAACCUGCAAUUGGAGAGCAACAGAACCAACGAUCACAAAGUCAAGCAUUACCUCUACCAGAGCAUUGACAGAGUGACGUUCGAACAGAUCUUAGACAGGAGGACCUCUAAGAUCAUUUGGGAUUCGAUGAAGGCGAAGUAUGGUGGCAAUGCUCGAGUGAAGAGAUCGCUACUACAGAAGUUAAGAAGAGAUUUCGAAGUGGUGGAGAUGAAGGAAAGUGAAAGUGUUGAAGAAUACUUCAUCCGAGUGUUGGCGAUCACCAACCAAAUGAGGGGCAAUGGAGAGACCAUGACGGACUCUAAGGUAGUUGAGAAGAUCCUCAGAACUCUCAGUGAGAAGUUCAUGUAUGUGGUAGUAUCCAUUGAAGAAUCCAAGGACAUUGAGUCAAUCACUUUGGACGAGUUGCAGAGUUCCUUGGUGGUCCAUGAGCAGAAGUUCAAAAGGAUUGACAAAGGUGAUGAUCAAGUAUUGAAGAUCACACAUGGAAGAGGAACGGGAUACAGAGGUCGGGGCUUCUCAGGAAGAGGCAGAGGACGUGGUCGAGGCAGGAGCUCUUUCAACAAGAGCACGGUGGAAUGUUACAAAUGCCACAAACUUGGACAUUUCCAAAACGAAUGUCCAAAAUGGGAAGAAGAAGCAAACUACGCAGACUUUGAUGAGAAUGAAGAAAUGUUGUUGAUGGCAUUCAUUGAUGAAAUGGAUGAAGAGGAACUACACGAAGACGGAGAGGUGACAGAGAGUGCACUAAUGGCGAGCUCUGGAAAUCAAGGAAACAUGAAGAAGAGAGUGUGGUUUCUUGACUCAGGUUGUUCAAACCAUAUGAGUGGAGACAAGAGUCUGUUCUCGAAGCUAGAUGAAGACUUCAGGCACUCGGUGAAGCUGGGAAAUAACAAGAAGAUGGAGGUUGUUGGGAAAGGGAACACAAAGCUGAUGUUGAACGGAGCAAACUACGUAAUAAGUGAUGUGUAUUAUGUACCAGAACUCAAAAACAACCUCUUGAGUCUUGGACAGCUUCAAGAAAAACGGAUCACAAUCAUCAUUCAAAAGGGCUACUGCCAAAUCUAUCAUGAAGAGAAGGGGUUGAUAGCUGAGAGUCGGAUGAGCUCAAACCGAAUGUUUGCACUAGCUGAUCAAGGAAGAGGUGACUCAAACUCAAGUGAACAGAGGUGUUUGAAGACAACUUCUGAAGAUAUGCCAAAAUUAUGGCAUGAGCGCUAUGGUCACUUAAGUCACUGAGGAAUGAGAGCACUACAGAGCAAAGACAUGGUGAGGGGUCUACCAGACUUUGGGGUUCAGA